GAGUCCGCGUCCCAUUCCGCUUUGUGUUAGGCUCUUUGUUAAGAUGUGGGGCCUUGAAAUGUGAAAAUGACCUCAGUUUAAAAAUAUAUAUACACGUUAAUGCAUAUUCAGUUGUUUGAUAGGGUCUUGCUUAUUUGAAAAAUAGAAUAAUGAUUCCCAAUCAAGAGUAAAGAACGAAUGGAGGUGGCGCGAAAGUGUUAAAUAUGUUGAAAUGGUACGCGUCCAAAUGUAUUCUAGCCGCUCUUAAUCACGACAACCGCAACAAGAAAAAGUGGUAAGGAGGACCAGGAUACAAGCAAAUUACAGCCCCAACACUGCGUCAGACGAGGGGAAGAGGGAAGUGAAAGAAAUACGCUGCCUUCUCACUGUUUAGUGGACUUCAUUGGUGAACAGCUGCAACCGCAGGCUCCCACCGACACCAUGGUUCCUCUGAUGAAAGUCGCUACAGCUGAGCUACAAUGACCAGUGUGCGGUAGACGAGCGUAGGCUGCGUGGCUCACUGUAACACAUUCAGUGUUUCUAUUGUCUAAAAACUACCCUUGAAGAUGGGGCACCCUCCUCUGGAGUUUAGUGACUGCUAUCUGGAUAGCCCGGACUUCAGAGAGACUCUCAAGUGUUAUGAACUGGAGCUGGAGAGGACAAGCAAAUUCCUAAAAGAGUUGAUAAAAGAUGGCAACAGUGUGAUCACUGCAAUCAAAGGCUAUUCUUUGGCAAUACAGAAGUUCUCCCAAACUCUCAGCAUGUUCCAGUUCGACGUCAUCGGUGACUCCCUGACAGAUGAUGAGAUUAACAUUGCUCAGUCCUUCCAGGAGUUUGCCGGCCUCCUGCAGGAAGUGGAGCACGACAGGAUGAUGCUGGUUCAGAACGCCUCCGAUCUGCUCAUCAAGCCGCUGGAGAAGUUCAGAAAGGAGCAAAUCGGAGUUACAAAAGAAAAGAAAAAAAAGUUUGAGAAAGACAGUGAGAAAUAUCUCUCCCAGAUAGACAAACACCUGAAUAUGUCUGCCAAGAAGAAAGAGAGCCAACUUCAAGAGGCUGACGAUCUCCUUGACAAAGAGCGAGUGAAUUUCUGCGAGUCGUCGGUGGAGUAUGUAUACCAGAUCCAUCAGGUGCAGGACAGGAAGAAGUUUGAUGUGGUGGAGCCGGUGCUGGCGUUUCUUCACAGCGUGCUCACGCUCAACAACCUGACAGUGGAGAUGACUCAGGACUUCAUGCCUUACAAACAAGAGCUGCAGCUCAGCUUGCAGAACACGAGAAACAACUAUGAGAGCACUCGUGAGGAGAUGGAGGAGCUGAUGAAGAGAAUGAAACACCCGUCGCAGAUCCGUCAAAUGCACAGCUUCCAGCCCCUCGAGGGCUACCUGUACUGUCAGGAGAAGUGGGCUCUUGGUGUGUCCUGGGUCAAAUAUUAUUGCAAGUAUUACAAGGAGGGAAGACAGCUGCUCAUGGUGCCGUGUGAACAGAAGACCACAACCAAACAGGGCCCUACGCAGCUGACUUUAAAGUCCUGCAUCCGCCGCAAGACGGAGUCCAUAGACAAGCGCUUCUGCUUCGACGUGGAAACCAUCGAGAGAAACACGCCCGUCACUUUCCAAGCUCUUACGGAGGGAGACAGGAAGUUGUGGAUGGAGGCCAUGGAUGGAAAAGAGCCUAUCUAUCAUUCCCCAAUUCACAAGCAAGCUGAAAUGGAACUGAAUGAAACAGGAUUCAAGUUUGUGCGAAAAUGCAUCAACUUCAUUGAAACAAACGGCAUCUCACAAGAAGGAGUGUACCGAACAGUUGGCAGCAACAUCCAAGUGCAGAAGCUUUUAAAUGCCUUCUUUGACCCAACAAACCCAGGAGACGUUGAUUUCCACAGCAGCGAAAUGGAUGUUAAAACAAUCACAAGUGCACUGAAGUUUUAUCUGAGGAGCUUGUCUGAACCUCUGAUGACCUACAGUCUGCACAGAGACCUCAUAUGUGCUGCAAAGUCCGAUAAUAUCGAUUUUCGGCUGAGUGAGGUUCAUUCCCUUUCGUACAAACUACCAGAGAAGAAUCGGGAGAUGGUGGAGAUGCUUAUCAAACACUUGGUCAAUGUGUGCAGUCACAGUGAUGAGAAUCGGAUGACCCCUUCAAACAUGGCGGUUAUCUUUGGACCCACGCUGAUGAGAGCACAGGAGGAGACGGUGGCAGCCAUGUUGGAUAUCAAGUUCCAGAAUAUUGUCGUUGAAAUUCUGAUUGAGAACUGCAAAAAGAUCUUCAGUUAUGUGCCGGAGGACAGCACUGCCCCACCUGUCCCUCCCCCGCGCAUCACCCCGAGGAAGCGGCAACCAAUCACAAUCUCCAAGCGGCCACCUCGUGUUUUUCAGGCUCUUAGUCAUGACCACUUUCACACAGAAAAUGGCCAGAAUGACAGCUCUAUUGCAGCUGAGGAGGUCUCAAGCAACCCCGUCCCCCUGCAGCGGACGAGACCUGUGGGCUGUGCUCCGCAGCUUCCAAGAGAGCCUCCUCCGAGACUAGCGCUGAUGCCCAGGCCAGGUAGCCGUCAUGACAAACACUCAGACCCUGACGCUGGCAGGAUAGACGAUACGAGACAAAGGCCGGAUUCUUCUGCAGCGGCAAAUGGGGAGUCUGGAGUCUAUGUGAGCAGAGUACCGUCGUUCCAGGGCAGGAAACUACCUCCUAAAGUCACGCCAGUCAACCGAGAAGCGGAUUCCGAUGGUCUGACCAGGACGAGGUCCACAGAGAAACAACCCAUUUGCAGACCCCCUGUCAGGCCUCCUGAGCCACCCUCACGGUUCCCCGCUUCACUAAAGAUCCCGAGUGCAGCCAGCAGCGAGAGCAACGCCAUAUCCUAUGUUGCUUCUAAAACCAAGUUUUUUGAGAAUGCCUCUCGGCAUGUUGCCAGUCCACCGGCAUCUCCAUCCUCAUCAACAAGUUCAAAUGUGUAAUAGAGAAAAUUAAAUUUGUCGAGACUCAGACCACAUCAUGUGACUUCUACAUGUGCUGUUGGGUGCUGAUCAAGCUGGAGGGAGUCCCCGCCAACACUCUGAGGAUGUGACUCUUAAAUUAAUGGAUCUAUUUGAUUUUUAUUCGCAAGAGUGGUGUGCAAGGCAACACAGUAGCAAAGGGAAUUUUGGAGUAAAUGCAAAGUAAUCCUGUAAGUGUUUCAUUAUUAUUCCAAAGUUAGGAUGGAGUAUUAUUGUUGUUUUCCCCAUGUUUCAUGCCACUUUACAAUUGUGUCAAAUAAUAUUACAUUUAUUUUUUGUUAUUUCACAAUGUUAAAUAUUAGUGUAAGGAAACUAAUGGGUACAGCUUACUUAGGCUAAAAUGAUUAAAUAGGUUUAAUUUUUCAUUAAUUUGAAAUUGUGAAAUAUUAUUCAUAAUAUUGACUUUAGAUUUUACAAGUAUUGGUCUGUCAAGGAGCUGGGUGAAGCAAAUUCAUUUUAAGCUACAGCUUGGGAGUAAUUACUUCUUUUUAAAAUAAUAUUUAGAUUGAAAUAUGUUUGUCAGUUUAGACAUAGUGUGUCAUUCAGCCAUAAGUCACUUUUUAAGAGGCAUUACAAAAAGUAUUUUGCUUGUCAGUGUAGUUUGAAUUUACACCAUGAAUAUUACAUUAGCGUAAGUUUAAAAGGGAACAUAAAAUAGUGUACAUUCCUUUAAUUCUGAUUUUGUGUCACCAGAGAGCCUUGACGUUCACCUGCGUCUGUUGAAACUCAAAUAAAUUGUUGGAGAAACAAAAAAUGUUUUUAAAUAAGAAUUUGUUACAAUUGUUUGUUGCAAUAUGUAAAAAAUAAAUAAUACUUGAGUGAAUGUUAUUACUCAAAGCUG